AUGUCCGAACGUGGGCAUUUCCGUGGCGGUGGUCGUGGCGGAGGUAGAGGCGGAGGUGACUCAGGCCAUCGAGGUGGCCGAGGAGGUGGCCGGGGUGGUGCACAUGGAUCGCAGCAACAGGACAAACCUAAGAAGGAGAAUAUUCUCGACCUCGCCAAAUACAUGGACAAGCAGGUGUCUGUCAAGUUUAAUGGUGGUAGAGAAGGUGUCUGCGCCUGUUCUCGAGAUGCAAAACAACAACUGCUCACCAGCGUCUUAGUUACUGGAACGUUAAAGGGCUAUGAUCAGCUCAUGAAUUUGGUACUAGAUAAUGUCAAAGAGACGAUGCGAGAUGAUGAAGGCAACGAGUCCUCGAGGUCAUUGGGACUGGUUGUCGCUCGAGGGACUCUUCUUGUGCUUAUCUCUCCUGUUGAUGGGAGCGAGGAGAUUGCGAACCCGUUCCAGCAGGCGGAUGAUUAA